CAUCAAGGUUGACUUAGGCAUUUAGUUUGCAUGCAUACUUAUCGAAGGUAAUCUGAAAAAGUGUGUGUCAUGUCAUCCAACAAAACAAAGCCAAUGAUGAAAAGUGGACCUCCAAGAAAAAGUGGUCCCCCACCUAUUAAAGCAACACAGCAUUUCCAGCUCCUGCAAGGUAGUCCAGCCCGAAAAUCUCCUUCUUCUUCCCCCACUCCCCGAUCCGCAACUGAUGGAAGAGUGGCUGUUCGGAGUCGAUGGUCACCUGAUCAUCGAGCCUCACCUGAUCGAAAUGACCGUAAGAGUCCAAGUUCUCCCAGCAUUAAAGUUUCCAACCGUCGAAGUCCCUCUCCAAGCAUUAGAAGAACUGCAUCAUUAGAUACAAUAGCUGGGCCCUACCUCACAGGGCAGUGGCCGAGAGAUUUUGUCCCGAUACAACAUCAUGUUGGUCACACACUGGUUGUGUGCAACAAGAUGACACAGACCCCAGAUUGGAGCACCGAGGUUUCCACCACUCUACUUAAGCCAAGCGCUAAAUCCAACCACCCUCUUCCUCUAACAGACCCUGGCUUCAACAAGAUGCGACAACAAAUUAAAAUGAUUGGUAAAAGAUCCCAGCAUAAGAAAAAGGAUAGGUCACCACCGAUACAUGGUGAUCACUCAGCAUUCCAUCAGAUAGCUGCUGCCACACACCCAAGGUCAAUUUCGAACCCGAUUUCAAUCGGGGGCCAACCGUUCGGGCGCCGGCCGCAGAGACAAAACAGUGUAGAAGCGCUCAAUAAGGAAAUUGACAUGCUGAUUAACAAAGAUGCAGCUGGUAAUGAACCACGGAUUUUUCAAGGUGUCACUCCGCCAGAUGGCCAUCGAGCCCCCUUACCACGCAGCAGCACGCGAACCAUGGAAACACAAACUCCACAAGGCUACACAGAAUACUCUAAGGAGUCAAACACGGAUGAAAUCAUUCCUUCCCCCACCCCAUCACCAACCGUAGAAAUUCCCACUUUGCCAACAGUUGUAGUCGACACCCAAAUACCACAAACUCAAAUCACAAUCAUAGCAGCGAAUGAAACAAAAGAUUCAGGUGUAAGUCCUUGCCCAAAGUUUGCAUCAAGCCCUCGACCAAACAACAGCUAUAUGUUUAAGCGCGAGCCACCGGAGGGUGCGGAGAGCGUGAAGCCGUUCAAAGAACUGGAUAUCCAGCAACAGCAGCUUCAAAUCUCACCAAGCUGCCCCGACAAGAAUAAAGUCAAUUUUCAUCCAAAACAAACUUCAGCAUUCAAACCAGCUCCAAAAUCAAAGAUUUUACUCCCAAUUACUAAACGUGACGCCCAUGUUCACAGUACCCGCACCUGAAAAACACGGCAGGGAUAAACGGAGCUACAGAGCAGAACAACAACACCAACCUCGUCUCCAUAAACGCGAACAACAACUCGACCGUGUCGCAACCUGGAUCCAAUAACCUCAGUCUGAACGUCACUUCGCCCCCGGCUCUACUGGACGCUUGAGUUGUGUUGACGUAACAGAGGCUCAUUCUGACAUCACACUUCGUUCCAUGUGUCAUAGAUGCCUUUGUGAUUCCCUAUACGUGGCUUCAAUACGUUUUUGUUUUGUUUCUUUUAAUUUCAUUUUGUUACUUUACGUUUGUGUCUUACUCUGCGAGGAUUUAUGGGCGGUUUGCGCGACUGUUAUUCAGCUUCCACGUUAGCUGUAUGAUGAUCACGCUCGUCGGCCGCCUUCGGUUCGAUACGCAGAACCUGUUUUGUUGUCACGUUAUUUCCCUUUGUAAACGAGAGAGGUGUCUAUUCGUGUACAUUGUUACCUUGUAAAUACGCGACCUAGUUACUAGAUACGUUCUAACGCAUUCUAAUUGGGAAACAAGAAUAUGAAUGCAGUUAAACAUAAACUUUCCCGUUUUUUCUCAGGUCCGAAUAAAAUAGUUCGCCUUCGCCAAACGUGCUGAGUUAAAAACACAACAAACGACGAUUGAAUCGCCCCAGCACCCCUGUAUUACUUCCUCUGGCAUUGGAGCGCAGAAAAACCUUCAAUAUUUGAACGCAUUCACCUCAUUAAACGAACGAUCGCUUAAAAUAUUCCAGAUUUUACUCGAAAUGUGAUUUCCUUGACCGUAACCAGCCGAGCAGGAAACCGGCCAGGGAUAACUUCCUGCAGAAAACCCAACGCCAUGCGCCUCACUAAUCAUUGCACCACACGUCGUGUGUAGCUAUGGUGCAGCCGCCCUGUUAAUAGCGUUAAAACUACCACCAUGGUGCACCGAAACAGCGGGAUCAAAGUGGUCCAAGUUGCGCCGCAGACCCUUCUCGGCGGCGUUGAAUUGUCGGUCAAGCGUCGGUUAAGAGGCCGCAGAACCGAAAUCGAUUACAAAUUCCCAAGCCGCAAACUGUAUGAUCCACCCACAGUUCUGGUACUCGCUUUGUUUUACCAUAGUGACGUAUCGGUGCUCGAUAACAGAACUAAAUUGGCUCAAUUUUGACAAUCGAUCAAUGGUAUGCUUCAAGGGUUGUUUUAUGUUCGUACCUAUAACAUCACCUAUAGCGCCGAGUACACUAUUGAGUUUUAUGUGUAUGCGUUUCCUGCCGUAUUAUUGCGUUAUUACCGCACAAGUUCACAAGCAAAAGGCGGCGCUUCUAAUCCGGUGCUCGCUGUCGUACAUCUAUCGUUGAAUUUUCUUACACAACGUAUUGCAUUCGACCUAUAGUAAGACAUCCUUUCACGCAGAUACGAGUACCUUCUAUACCCUAUUUCUUUGUUGCAUAAUAUGUGGAUUUUUUACCUCUAGUUGUUAGAACUUUAAAAAUUCUUAACAAAAAUCGGGAGUUAACAUUGUGUAGCCGGGUCUUUUACUAUUUUUUAAUAUUCUAUAGUCUGUUCACAAAUUAGCUCUAAACCCGUUUGCGUUUUGUUUAUUAGCUUUGUUUCUGGUGUUGAUUUUUGUUCGCUCGUUUGUUUUUUACAUUCCGAACGCGCAUCGGCGCACUUUCGAUCUGUUUGCGUUUCUAUCCCGCGCAGCUGCGUCACCUUGCGGCUGUUGUCGCGCAGUUUCGAUUACAAUAAACCUUUACGUACAACAAGUGUACAACGAG